AUGGCCACACGAUGGUCCUGGAUGUGCAGCAGAGGAUGUGGGUCUUUGGGGGCUAUGAGCCGGUUGGCCCCCCGUGGCCGAAUGAAUGACCUGCAUUACUUCGACAUUCAGGCCAGAAAGUGGCACGAAGUCAAUGUGCGCAAUGCGCCCUCCGAGCGCUAUGGUCACACCGCCGUCCUAGACACGCAGCAGCGAAUGUGGAUUUUUUGGGCCGGAAAUUUUUGGAACAGUGGUUGGCUGAAUGACGUGCACUACUUCGACACAAAGGCCAGGCAGUGGCAUGAAGUCACUGCCAAGAAUGCAGCUGACGCACCCGUGGGGCGGGAGGGCGCCACUGCAGUUCUGUAUGGCCUGGAAAUGUGGAUCUUUGCGGGCUACAAUGGCGGUUGGCUCAAUGACUUGCACUACUUCGACAUCCAGGCUGAGAUGUGGCAUGAAGUCAUCGCAAGCAACGCCCCCUCGGAAAGAUAUUCUCACUCCGCAGUGCUGGACGCGGAGCAGCGGAUGUGGAUUUUCGGGGUCAAAGGGCGUGACGACUCGGACAGUCAAUGGGUCAACGAUUUGCACUACUUCAACCUGAAAGCCUUCAACAAGGCAGCUUGA